CCGAGUCCUUCAUCCACCCAUUCCUUGUGUUCGACUAGUUCUCGUUGAUGAUGGAGGACUACGGCCCAUCCGAGGGUACCUAUCUGCGUGAUUCGUUCGAUGCAGAUCACGCUUGGCCACUCGGAUUCCACUUGCUCCUUUCAAACUGGAGCUAUUCUGCCUCCGAAAGUGUCUCAGUCCCGAUGCUACGCCAGAGACUGUGGAUCCCUUACGAAGGGACAGCCAGAGAAGACCAUUUAGCUGUCCUCUCAUGGCCGGUGUGGUUCCGGUGUCGCGAGACACAUCCAGCCGGUUCGAUUCCUUCAAUGGGAAUAAAUGUAUUGAACGGUGCUAGGGGCCGAUUCCGCCUUAUCAAGGAAGGCGACGAACAGGCACCGUUGGGGGGCCUCUACUCCUGCAAGUUGCAUAUCUGGCCCGUUGGUCAACCUAGUGUGACGACGAAGCAGAUUCAACUCUGGAAAGGUCGUAAGAGCGGGAGAAGACCUAUCACGAAAUCAGAGCUAGCGAAAGUUAUCUGUCGGCGGGUGGACUCAUAUCUGAGGGACCAUGACAUCGUCAUCGCUGGGUACGGCCGGGUGACGUCGCAAUACAUUCGUCUCGUCGGCUUGACAUGGGUCUCUAAAGGAUCUAUCAUGCCUCUGCUUCAGCUUAUUCCCGGGGUUUGAAGAGUCUAUCAACUUUGAAGAAUCUGUCGACUCAAGUCAUCUAAGUCAUCGAGGUCAAGGCAAUCCCUUCAUUUCUGUCUAUCUGUUGCCUGGCUCGCUUAUUUAAAAAGGGUCCUAUGGUUUAUGCCCCCGGUUGGGCAUGCCAAAUCGAAGCAUACUUUAUGGUCAGGCUCAAACAUUGACCUCCAUCAUUAUUAUCACUAUUCACUAUGAUACCGUGGCCAUAGCUCUUCCUUGCAUUCCCAUGGUAUAUAUACAAAUGAACUCUUUCCCUGGUCGGAUAUCCUACUAUUUACUAUACUCGCUUACCACGUAAAC